UUCUCCGUUCAUCUUGUUUAGACUCGUUACAAAAUUAUCGAUCCAGAAAUUUCAUCUGCAAAUCAUCGAUUUGUAUGCUUAACGAUAAAUAACACAUUCUUGAUUCAACGUUUCGCGCGUGCCGAUUGUGUUCGAUACAGUAAUCGUGACUCGUGGGUGUCGGUGCUGUCAGCAGUGCCAGUAUGUGUACUACGUCGCGAAUGGCAAUGUGUGAUAUCAUCAUCGCAGUUUGUGCAUUUUGAAGCACACAAACCCUUCAGUAUUUGUCAGUGUUUUCCAUGCUCGUGUGUGAGAUAAAAUAUUGACUCUUUGACAAGCUCUUCCGACGCGGAAUGUCAGAACAGAGUGUUUAAAGCGCAAAUUAAUCGACCGAGUGUAUAUUGGCAAAUAGGUUAUGUUGUUUAUAUACAAAUAUAUGACGUUUGUGUACAGCAAUUUGGCCAACACAUAUUUUAAUUUUUGCAAUAUUUGAUAUAACUAAGAGGUAAAACCAUUAUUUAGUCGUAGACAAUACAAAUGAAGUAUUCCACCUCGCCCCCUCCUAGUCGGUGUAUAUCACCAAUGACAUCCAGACGAUCCAGCACCAUGUUACCUCCGCCUGUCACUUGCAGGCAAGACUGUUUUGGGGCUGCCACCAAAUGUUACAAAUAUUUGAGGAAACUGCUGAAAUUCGAACAAAUGGAUUUUGAAUUCGCAGCUUGGCAGAUGGUGUAUCUUUUUACUUCGCCUCAGAAAGUUUAUAGGAAUUUCCAAAGUAGAAAACAGACAAAAUCACAAUUCGCCAGAGAUGAUCCAGCCUUCUUAGUAUUAUUAGCAGGUUGUCUCUUUGUGUCGUCUAUUGGCUUUGCAAUACUAUUAGGACUCAGUUUCUUACAUUUCAUCAAAUUUCUUUUGUAUGUGGUAUUUGUUGAUUGCAUCACAGCAGGAAUUAUUGUAGCUUCAGUUUUGUGGUUUGUUGCAAAUAAGUAUUUACGACGUGAUAAAACACAAGAUGUGGAAUGGGGAUAUGCAUUUGAUAUUCAUUUGAAUGCUUUUUUCCCACCUCUUAUGAUUCUACAUUUCAUACAAUUAUUUUUAUAUAAAGGUGUGAUAAGUCAUGAUUACUUCUUUUCUCGAUUGGUUGGAAAUACAUUUUGGCUUGUUGCCAUUGGUUACUACAUUUAUAUUACAUUCUUAGGAUAUGCAAGUGUUGAAAUUCUCCAUAAAACCCAUGUUAUUCUUCAAACUGCAAUUCCUGCUGCAAUGGUGAUGUACAUUGUCACAUUAGCUGCAGGUAUCAAUAUAAGUCAACAGUUAAUGGAGUUUUAUCACGACAGAGUAAUUUGAAACUGUUACUGUUCUUUUUUGAAAAAAAGUUGUAUGAAAAAUUGUAAUAGAAGUUUGAUAAAAUUUUGUUAAAAA